GAAGCGAUGCGCCCGUGACGGGCGGGAAGGGAGGCCUAUGGGAGAGAGAGGCGGGCCUUGGAGGGACCUGGUCCUGAUGCUGCUGCCGCUCCAGGCUGCUGGAGACAGUGGGGACCAUGGAGCUGGUGGCUUGCAAAGGAUACUAGCCUCUGCCUGUGAAGAGGCCUCAACUCUGUGACCCCCUCCCCCCAUCAUGGAGCCCCUGAAGGAGAGGGCAGGGUGGUGUGCAGGGUACCGGGGGGAGGAGGCUGUGGCUGAAAUGAGACCCUUGCUGCAAGAGGACAUCGACCAGGACGGCAUUGCAAUGGGAGUUGAGCCUACAGGCUGGGGGAUAGAUGACCCAGACCUAGAGGAGAAUGAGGUUGGCACAGAUCCUGUUCGGGUCAUGAUGUUGCCACUUCAGGCCCAGCAUGCCAUGGAGAAGAUGGAAGAAUUUGUCCUGAAGGUCUGGGAGGGCCGCUGGCGUGUCAUGCCUUAUGAUGUGCUGCCUGACUGGCUGAAGGACAAUGACUUCCUCCUCCAUGGGCACCGGCCGCCCAUGCCCUCCUUCCGUGCUUGUUUCCGAAGCAUCUUCCGCCUCCACACGGAGACGGGCAACAUCUGGACACAUCUGCUUGGGUUCCUCUUCUUCUUGGUCUUGGGCAUUGGAUACAUGAUCAGCCCCAACAUGAAGUACGUUGCCCCUAUCCAGGAGCGUGUUGUCUUUGGCAUGUUCUUCUUGGGAGCCAUCCUUUGCCUCUGCUUCUCCUGGCUGUUCCACACAGUCUACUGCCACUCAGAGGAGGUUUCCCGCACCUUCUCCAAACUGGAUUACUCUGGAAUCGCCCUGCUCACCAUGGGCAGUUUUGUUCCUUGGCUCUAUUACUCCUUCUACUGCUCACCUCAACCCCAACUCAUCUACCUCGUCAUCAUUUGUGUCCUGGGCGUCACGGCCAUCAUGGUGUCGCAGUGGGACCACUUCGCCACUCCACAGUACCGGGCCGUCCGAGCAGGGGUGUUCCUGGGCCUCGGGCUGAGUGGCUUGGUGCCCACACUCCACUUCAUGAUUGCUGAAGGAUUCCUCAAGGCCACGACCGUGGGGCAGAUUGGGUGGCUCUUCCUCAUGGCAGUCCUCUACAUCCUGGGCGUGGGCCUGUACGCUGCCCGAAUCCCCGAACGCUUCUUCCCGGGCAAGUGUGACAUAUGGUUCCACUCCCACCAGAUCUUCCAUGUGCUGGUGGUGGCGGCUGCUUGUGUCCAUCUCCACGGGGUCUCCCAGCUGCAAGCGUUCCGCUCUUCCUUGGGGGGCACCUGUACCGAGAACACUGUGCUCUGAUAGCCUUCCGAGACCAGACUGACCAUCUCUCCUGGACAAGGGCAGCCCUUGCACACUGCACUCCAUAUGGACCUUUUAAGGGCACUGCACCUGUUUGAGGAGGGGGCUCUUCCUCCCGUCUCCUUCCUUCCUUUGAAGAAAAUCGCUGUGUCUCAGAUCUUUUUAUUCUUGGGGGCAGUGGGUUCCUUUUCUCCCCAUCAGGGCAGCUCUCUCAUGUGUGCACACAUGCACAAAAUGCCAGAAGGUAUUUAAAUUAGGAUGAGGAACCAAAGCAAUGGAACAGGACUAAAACAGUCCCUGGAAACAGCUUAGGAACCCCCCAGCAAACCCAGAAGUUUCUGAGAGUGGGAUGGGUGCAAGGGGCCUCUGUGUGGGCCAAGGGGACGUGGGUGUUAUUGUAUGAAGGUCCAAGGAUAGGUCUGACCAGGCCUUAGUGUGUGCAUCUGUGUGUUCAAUCGGUAUUUAUGAGGGAUUUGUUUUAAACUGGCCACUAAGGGAGCAUGCUCUCUGCUCAAAAGCACAGCAACCCCUUUUUUUGCUCAAACUGAACUCUGAUCUCUUUGGUCAGGCAGGACUUCUGGCUUCCACGCCCAGCCCUCCCAAGGAAAGAUAUGGAUUGGUUUCUGAGAAGCCCUCUAGGUAAAUGCCAGGGGCAUCUUAGGGUCUGGGUCAAAGGCCCCUGGGGAAGAGCCUUGCCCAGGCUGAAAUCAGAACACAGCAGACUUGCAUAGUUUUUCAUUCUGGCAAGGGAAAUAAUCAGGGUGGGGAUGGAUGCAGCUGUGGGCCCCCAAGUCGUCCCUCCUUACUCUGUGGGGGUGCCUAAAUGUGCUAUGGGGCAGGGCAGGCAGGAGCCAGGAUUCCUGGGCUCUGCAACCUGCUAGAAAAGAUGUAUGGUAAACACUUUUUUUGUGGGGGCAAUGGGAAGGCAAGCUAUAUGGAUCUUGUCUGGGAAAAUAAGAAUGCCUUUUAUGCAUAAAGGGACCAGUGUUUUAAGCAGGGGGAAGCCUUUCUGCACAGACAUAGACUGUGACCUCCACCCCUCCACCAGCAUUUCAUAGCCCAGAGAUGGGCCUGUGGAGGGAGAGCAAUCCCGUGCCCAGCACUUUGUGUCCCAGGCCCUCUGCUUCUGCACCCUCCACCCCACAACAAACAGCAGGAGGUCUUAUUUUUCUCCACUGAAAACAGUGGUGCUGGGACCUCUUUAAUUUAGGGUGUUUGGCAGGUGAAACACACCUGGAGGGGUGAAUGAAGUGGACUUCAUUUACCUUUACUGUAUAACGAAAGGCCAUCAGUCCAUGCGCUUGCUGAAGAAAUCCUCAGCCCUUUGUUCCUUGGGGAGGAAGAGGUGCAGAUGGCAGGGGCCGGUGUCCGUAUUGGGGAGGAGGGCACUUUCCCCCUUUGUUCAUGCCCAACUACCCAAAUUAGAAGACCAAGUAGCUCCAAGAUCGUUGACCUUGUUGUGUCACAGCCUCCUGGGAAUGCAAGCUGCUGAGCAGCUCUCUGGAUUGGGCUGCACAGUGGGAAAGCAGGAAAUGGAUCUCCUAAUUUGGGAGUGCUGUGCAAUGUGCACCCAGCACCAGUGCUUCAACUCUGCAGGACAGGAGCACUGACAGAGGAAGGGGGUGCGGUGGGUGCAGCCCGCCCUGGGUGUCAUCCCUGAGCAGGGCUGGCCCUACGUGCAGGC